ACCUCAUCACACCACGCCCUUUCCUCUCCGGGCUACGCGACGCGGGCAGGGACCAGAAAGGGCAGCCGCGGCCGCGCGGUCCCUCCUCCUCGCUUAGCCAUUUCUGUUGUUGAUUGGUCCGUCUUCGGGAGGAGAGGGGAUCAAUCGAGCUCCGCCAGAGGCAGGAAGGAUGGUGCGGGGGAAGACGGAGAUGAAGCGGAUAGAGAACGCGACGAGCCGGCAGGUGACCUUCUCCAAGCGCAGGAACGGGCUGCUCAAGAAGGCCUUCGAGCUCUCCGUGCUCUGCGACGUCGAGGUCGCCCUCGCCGUCUUCUCCCCCCGCGGCAGGCUCUACGAGUUCUCCAGCGCCACCAGCUUGCAGAAAUCGAUUGACCGCUAUAAGGCAUAUACAAAGGAUAAUAAUGUUAAUAACAAGACAGUACAGCCAGAUAUACAGCAAGUCAAAGCCGAUACUGUAAGCUUGGCAAAGAAACUUGAAGCUCUUGAAGUUUCGAAGCUAAAGAUCUUGGGCGAAAAUUUAGGAGGGUGCUCUGCUGAAGAACUGAACUGUCUGGAAGUAAAUAUUGAGAAGAGUCUCCGCACCAUCAGAGGAAAGAAGACCCAGGUGCUCGAACAGCAGAUAGCUAACCUGAAAGAGAAGGAGAGGAUGCUUCUCAAAGACAACGAAGACUUGCGCGGAAAGCGCGACCUUGAGGCGUCGCUGGUGGUUCCUGCCCUGAACUGCGUCACGCCCCUGCAGCCACGUGGCCAGCUGGCACCAGAGCAGGAACCGGUACCGAGCGAUGAGGACGUGGAGACGGAGCUCUACAUUGGGUUGCCCGGGGUUCGCUGCUCCAACCGGCGGUCAGGUCAAGCCAAAUAGCUAAUCAGCCGGAAGGUUGAGCCUCACACAAAUAAACUCUCUACAGAGGCAUGAAGUGGCCAAUCAGUAGUCCACCAUUUCUGUUAUUCUCUAUAUUUAAUCUAUAAUCUCUUGCAAGCUAAAUUAGCGGCUGCGACGAUGACAAACCUGCAGAGAACCUCUGACGACUGAAGGUGAAACGCCAGUACACCAAUUGUUUCUUGCGCAACGGCCGUCAAAUGGAACUAGGUGAGGCAUUCUUAUGCCAUGGGACGCAAACCUCCUGGAUGUGACGAACAUUGUCGCCUCGACCUACUGUCUCUGAGCCAUGGUUCGGAUCAGCAAAAUAAAUGUCUGCUUUGAGGCCACAUCUGUCUAUGGACUUACCGUCUGUACUUAUAAAGAUGCCUUCUUUGCCGAGUUGAUUAGCCAUAAACCGCUGCCUGGGGUGGCUUGGUUGGCCUCCGGAGACUUCAACCAGAUCUAUCGGGCUAGGGACAAGAACAAAAGAAACAUCAACCGGAGCAGAAUUAACUGGUUCCGUGCUGCUUUGCAGUCCUGUGAACUCAAAGAGAUUCAUCUUCAAAAUAGACGUUUCGCCUGGAGUAAUGAGAGGGUGAACCCGACUCUAUGCAAGCUAGACUCCUUUUGUAAUGUUGAAUGGGAUACAACAUCCGAUACACAUGUUCUACAUGCCUUGUCGUCAUCCCUCUCUGACCACUGCCGUCUCUUGCUCGCCGAUGACAAGGGGCCUAGGGGGCCGCGGUCUUUCAAGUUUGAGAACUUCUGAGUCUCAUUGCCCGGGUUUAUUGACGUGGCACGGAAGGCGUGGAAUGAUCAAGCGAACCAUUCAGAGCCCUUUCAGGUCUUGCACCACAAGUUGAAGAAAACCGCGCUCCGUCUCACCGAGUGGAGUAAGAAGCUCUUCUCGAAGGCAAAAGUUCACCUUUAUGCGGCUCUGCUCGUCAUUCUUUGCCUUGACAUUGCGCAAGAAUCGCGUCCACUCUCCCCCGACGAGAUCGACCUCCGCUCCCGCCAUAAGUGGAGAGUGGUGAGCAUGGUGUUGCUAGAAAGGGCUAGGAAAAGCCAAUGUGUGAGGAUUGCAAACUUGAAAGAUGGCGACGACACAAAAAUUUUCCACCACCGCAUCAAUGCACGGAGAAGAAAAAAUCACAUUCAUAGGAUCAAGCAUGCGCAUGGUUGGAUAACCGAACACGGGAAAAAGAGAAGAUUAUACUUCACCACUUCACUGAGGUUAUGGGAAGAGGGGCCUCGAGCAACAAGGAUUUUAAUUGGGAUGAGCUCCCUUGUGAGCAACAUGACUUACAUGACCUUGAUGCGCCCAUCACC